UUCCUGUCUCUUGCCAGUGCCAGCACAGUGUAGCACUCACUAAACCAAACUUCCCACUGAUGCAGCGUGGUGCAUGCGGCGGUGGCAGCCCAUCACAAACAUAAAACCACCCUCCAUGCAUGCACCCCCCUUGCAAUCUCACACCACAUUCCACGGACAAAACCACACCUUCUGAAACCACCAUCGAUCGUAGCAGCUAGCAGUGCAGUACACAGGCAGUAACAGCCACAGCGGCGAGAAUGGCGGCAAGGUCGUCGCUGCUGCUUGUCUUCGCGCUGGCCGCGGUGGCAGCGCACGGCGCCGACGGUGCGACCGUGGCCGCGCCGGCGCCGGCCGUGGACUGCAGCGACGCCCUGAUCAGCCUGGCGGGGUGCCUGAGCUACGUGCAGGAGGGGAGCACGGUGGCGACGCCGGAGGAGUCGUGCUGCUCCGGGCUCAAGGACGUGGUGAGGAAGGAGGUGGCCUGCCUCUGCCAGGCCUUCCAGGGCGGCCAGGACUACGGCGUCGCCCUCAACAUGACCAAGGCCCUGCAGCUGCCCGGCGCCUGCAAGGUCAAGACGCCUCCCUUCAGCAAGUGCCACAUUUCCAUCCCGGGUAUGACUGGCGGGUCUCCAGCGCCUGCCCCAUCUUCCGGUGCUCCGUUCUUCGAUGGCUCCCCGACGUCCCCGUCACCGUCCGCACCUUCGGCCGGAUCACCAGCCGGAAGCGGCGACUCCACCACCGCUCGAGCUCCAUCGCCGUCGGCCUCCGCCGCAGCCGCCUUCCCCGCUUUAGCAAACGUCCUCCUGGCCGCAGCCACCGUGGCGACGACGCUGCUCAUGUGAGCUGCUGGGCGCACCUGUAAUUCGUUCAUGAGACCAUUUUCCGCUAUACCGGCCCGACACAGCUGAGAAAGCGUUGUUGCUGGCUUUGCUGCCUGUACCGAGAUGUAUCUUAUCUCAGAGUUUCCAAUCCAUUUAUACAGAUAUCUCAUUUGUACACGUUUUAA